UGCCGUGAAAAUUUUCUGUCUUUUAUCGUUAUUUGUUUUAAUGGUGGAUACAAAAAGGAGAGACAGAUUUGAUAUCAUCGAAAAAAGAAUUGGUAUAAUUGAAACACGAUUAAAUUCUGACAACGACUUAGCAAAGGAAAUGAUUUGGUCAUUGCAACAAAAUUUCGAGGAAUUUAACAAUUCUAUGAUCAAUCUAAAGGAUCAAAUGUGUCACGAAACAGAUCAACUGUCGUCGGUUAAAAAGGAACAAACUAAUUCUGAAAAAAGUGUUGAAAUUCUAAAGUCAAGCCGAGUAUUAGCGUCGUUAGGACUUAAUAGGGAAAAACAGUGGACAAGGGAUCAAGUGAGAAACCUUACAACUCAGAUGGGUGAACAUUCCGAUUUGUUAGACAGACAGUUUUUAGACCUUACAAAUCAGAUUCAUUUACAUACUGACGAGUUAAUCAAGAAUUACUCGAAGCUCAGAACUGACAUGCUAGACAAAACUGAAAGAGAGAAACAAUGGACAAGAGAUCAAGUGAAAAAACUUACGAGUCAAGUAAAUGAACAAACUAAUCAGCUAACCAAUAACUUCUCAAAACUCAGAACUGAAUUAAUAGCUUCGAAAGAGGAAAUGGAAUCCAAACUAAAUGUUAGCAAAAUAGAGAUGUUGAUUAGCGCCCAACUGAAGGAAAUUGAAACUAUAAAGAAAACCCAGACUGACAUUGAAAAUACUUUAAUUUCUGCAAAUAUUGUGUCCUACACAUGUCCAUCAGAUUGGACUAAAUAUUCAUCGUAUUGUUAUUUGUAUGUUGGUGGUCAUAAAAUGUUCAGUGAAGCACGUGCCCAUUGUAAGCGUAUAGGAGCGACCUUGUGUGACAUUGAAAAUGAAGCAGAGAAUAGUUUUAUCACAAGUUUAAUUAAAACAUGGACUUGGGUUGGUAUUUCUGAUGAGGAGGGAGAGGGUCAUUGGAUUUCAGAAAGAACGGGUCAACCUGCAUCUUUCACAAACUUUGGAAAUUAUAGCAGAGCUUAUCUCGACAAUUGUGCUGGGAUAAACAAAUAUUAUCUAAACGACAAUUGGCGUUUCUCUCCAUGUUCGUACGUAAUGAAAUUCAUUUGUAAAAAAGAUGUCACGAAAGUUAUCAAGUCUGGUUGAUUCAAGGUUUGUUUGUAUCACUUUACAAUUGUAAUUUGUAUGAA